AUGCAACCUUCCGAAGAUGAGAUUCUCGCAGCUCUAGCGCAUUAUCGUGCCAGCGUGUUGCAACAUAAUCAUACCGCCUUCCAACGCUUUGUACAGCAUAUUGAGGCAGCAGCUCUCGCAAUAGAAAACGCGUCGAUAACUCCCGACCGCAUCUCCGAAGUGUGUCAGCAGCUCUUCUAUGAUAUGCUCUACGUUUCGCGACCAGAGAACCUAGAUCCGUCGCUCCAAAUCAAUAUGCCCGCCGACGUGAUGACCAAAUGGGAUGCCAUGGUGCGAGCUUUCGUCCUAGACGGCGCACACAUCGGAUCCGAUGCCAACCGCCGAGAGCUACUCCGGCAAAAUUAUAAGAACGGCAUAGAAACGGAACUGCGCAAGAUAGACCCCGAGCUUAAGUUUCCUGUUGACUUUGAAGUACUUAUGGGCCAGGUAGAUAGUCUCGAGGGUCAUGGAUGGCCGCAAUAUCGAGAGGAGGGCCAGCAGGUGCGUUUCUGGGACGGGCUGGGCGAGAGCGAGGAAGAGGCUGGUUGUCGCGUGUUUGGUCCUGAUGGUCAAUUGGCUAAACAGUUUCUCGUUGAUGGUUGGGAGGCCAAGGCUGGAUGGGAGUGCGGUAGGGGCCCCGAGACAACAUGCUUUAUCGCCUACUGCCGGCAGGAUGAAACUGGCAAGGAGUGGGCAUGGAGGUACGUGGCUGAUCAAGGCCAGUACGGGACAGAGGUAUUUGACAACGUGGUAGAGUUGUUACAAUGGUAUGAAAAGCUGUAUGUGCCGCGCUUAGAAUAUUACGCCGGCUGCCUUGAAAUUGAGAUGAGGAAUAUCUUCAAGCAGUAG